AUGCCUGGAUCUGCGAAGACAACCAUGAAAAAUUACGAUGAUCAUCUUCGCCGAAUCCGUAUAAGAAACCUCCCUAGAACAUACCGAGAUGCGAUAAGUCUAACCCGAAGACUGGGAUAUCGAUAUGUUUGGAUUGACUCGUUGUGCAUCAUUCAAGAUUCUCCUGCAGAUUGGACUCGAGAAUCGGCCGCAAUGGGCAAGAUUUAUUCUCACAGUUUCUGCACACUGGCUGCUGCUGCCUCCAACGAUUGUCACGGAGGUCUGUUUCCUUUGCGCAAGGAGUUGCCGAUCUUUCAACUGGAAGAUUCAGCGACAGGGGCCAAAGGCUCCUCAUUUGUUCUUGUAAAGCAAGCCUAUCAAGGAUGGGACGAGCUUUUUGACUCAAGUUCUCUUAACGUUCGAGGCUGGACUCUACAAGAGCGAGAGUUAAGUCCAAGGAUUGUCUAUUUCACGAAACAUACCCUUUUAUUCGAGUGCAGAGAGACAAGGGGUAGUGAAUGUGGUGGAUAUAAGGCCAACUCUCUAGGGAGGUAUGCCAGUGAGCGGCCAGAUUGUCAGAUUCAUCCUGGGUAUAUUUUGACGGCCAAAACGUCUAUAGAGAAGACCGAUACACGGCGGUGCAUGGACACGCUUCCAUUGGACUCAAAUCCCCAAGACAAAUCAAGGCGCCUUCUUAACAAACGAUAUCAGACAUGGCGUGAAAUGGUGCAAAGAUAUUCGGCAAGGGAUCUUACGAUUGCAAGUGAUAGAUUCCCAGCGUUAUCUGGAUUAGCAUCGGAGAUGUCAUAUCUUCUAAAUGAUGAAUACAUUGCUGGCCUCUGGAGGAAUGAAAUAAAGAGUGGCUUAUGUUGGACUUAUCCGUUGACACACCAGAUUGGAAGCGCUCGGCAGACCAACUAUGGCCCGUCAUGGUCAUGGGCAGCGACCACCGCUCCUAUUUCAUAUGAGCUCGUAAAUCGAAAUGAGAAGGGUCAGCCAGUCCGAAAGCUGAGGACGAUUCGAGCAGUGAAGGGGGCCCGAUUGUGGCUGCUUUCGCAUGGAGAUAAGACGCUGUCUAAUAAUGACAAUGACCCCGCCUGGAAAGAUGUGUUUGAGCCCAAGCUACUGAGUGUAAGCAAAAUACCAGCUGGUGACGAUCCAAAUGGAACUCUGCUUUCUGCCUCGCUCCGGUUUGAGGGGCAGGUUAUACCUAUUCAACGAUCAAAGAUAGGAGACUGCAUCAUUGAUGAAUUCCGCGUUGAGGUGAUGUGGGACUACUUACCGCAACCACCGUCCGAAAUUUAUCUAUUCAGCUUGGGCAUCAUAUCAGUUGGAUUGGUGCUUACCGCGGUUUCAAAAGAUGAUCAUGAAUACAAGCGUGUCGGAAUUUUGUCAGAAAUCGAGUGGAGUUGGUUCAGAGGUGUCGACACUGGGCUCAUUACUUUAGUCUAG